GCUAAUAGUAUAUAAUUUCACAUCUUGCUCCUCAUCUCCACCAGCACGCUCAUUACCGGAACCAAAAAUGUUCGCUCCAACAGCACUAUCACUCUCUUUACUGCUGUCGGUAGCAUCCGCUACCCUCAUCAGCGGCGCGACUCGAUGCCAGUCCUUCGGCGCCAGCCUGAACAUGUCCGACGUAAAGGUGCUACACACGACGUACUACACCGGCAACGAAACGAUCCCUCUCGAUGACUUGCUUUGCAACAGGCCGGGAGCUACGGUGGGAGUCCAGACUGCACUGUGCCGCAUCGCCUUGCUGGUGGAUACCUCGGCUACCUCGCAGGUCCAACUUGAGGCCUGGCUCCCGGAUGAAUGGUCCGAGCGUGUAGCUGUCGUCGGAAAUGGCGGUCUCAAUGGCUGCAUCGAUUACAGUAACCUCGCCUACCUCUCCUCCUUCAACUUCGCCGUCAUCGGCAGCAACAACGGUCACAACGGCAGCAGCGGUGACGCAUUCCUCAACGCUCCGGAAACAAUAAUCGACUUUACGUACCGCAGCGUACACGUCUCAUCGGAGCUGACUAAAUCGCUCUCUGCGGCAUAUUACAACACGAGCCACAAGAAAUCCUACUACUUUGGCUGCUCGACCGGCGGCCGUCAGGGUUUCAGCUCGAUCCAGAGGUACCCCGAGGACUUCGAUGGCGUCGUGGCUGGUGCUCCCGCUUUGGAUUUCAAUCACCUCGCUGGCUGGGAUGGGAUCCUGUCGGUAAUGAAUGGCGCGCCCAGCGGAAAACCCAUCAUCUCGAGCGAACUAUGGGAGGCGGUCAGGCUCGAUGCACUGAGACAGUGCGACGCCAUCGAUGGCGUCAAGGACGGCAUCAUCGAUAAUCCGGAUCGGUGCCAUUACACCCCCGAGAAGUUGCUCUGCACCGGCACCGGCGGGAACACCACGGUGUGUUUGACCACCAAGCAGGCUGAGAUCGUCAACUUCGUCUUUUCGCCGCUGUACGGACUCAAGGGGGAGUUGGUGUUUCCACGAUACGACCCCGGAACGUCGUUUGCUGGUCUAGCGAUGAUGGUUUUUGGCGGGCAGCUCUUUCCGUUUACUCUGGAUUGGUGGCGUAACACAGUCUACAACGACACGACGUGGACGGGCGAGGGCUUUAACCUGCAAAACAUCGCCGAUGCCGACAGGAUCGAUCCUGGCGGCGUUAGCACCAUCAACCCGGAUAUAUCCGCGUACCAGAAGAGGGGAGGAAAGGUGGUUCACUACCACGGUAUGCAGGACUCGCUCAUCCCCUCGGGGAACUCCCGCCGCUACCACGCCUCCGUCCUCCGUACCCUAGGACCGAAGAAGCUGAACACCUUCUACCGAUACUUUCCAGUACCGGGUAUGGACCACUGCGGCGGCGGCCCAGGGCCCAACGUGUUUGGUCAGGGCGGACUUUCGGCCGAAGGCGUUCCUAAGGAUGCUCAGAACAACAUUGUGCUGGCAACGGUUAAGUGGGUCGAGGAGGGUGUGGCGCCCGAACAGCUUAUCGCUACCAAGUGGAAGGAUGACAUAGCGGGCAAUCUGCAGAGUCGACGGACGAUCUGUGCGUGGCCGAAGACGAGUGUGAAGAGGGGGUCGGUAUAUGUGUGCGUGUAGGAUAGGCGGGAGAUGGUAC